UGAAGUACAUAACCUCUCCCAUCUCCGGCCCACAAGCGCUCUGAAGCGAUGGCUUUUGGACCGUUUGUGAGAAUCAUGGCUCAGAUCACAAUGGUGGCUGGUGGUGCCAUCGGCAGAGCAGUGGUGGAGGCAUACAAGGAAGCAGCCGCUGGACGAGGAGCAGCAGCUGCUGCGGCCCAGAAGGUGGCGGCAAGAAGACGAAUGUCCUUAGAUGAAGCCAGAAAGGUCUUGGAUGCAGAAGGUGGCGUCACACCCGCUCAAGUGGAGGAACGUUUUCAAACCCUGCACAAGCUCAAUGCCCCUUCCGAGGAGUCACCCGGUUCUCCGUACUUGCAAGCCCGCAUUGCUGCGGCUCACAAGGUUUUGCUUGAACAACUGGGCGAGAGCACAAGCACCAAGGAAGCCAAGCCACCUGAGGAAUGAUGAAAGAACAAAACUCAUCAAAGUUUGCGGUUCAAUAAUGCUCAAGUGCUUAUACACUUGGUGUUCAGAAUGCGUCCUACACACCCUUUGCUCCGUGGAACCGCAUGCCGGGAGAAAAUAGGCGUUUCGGGACUUGCGAAAGCACAUGCGGAACGUCAUUUUCCACUUAUCUCAUGACAAUCCAUGCCAAGGGCAGAAUUUUUCACGGUGCGUGUGGCAACAGAUGCCAGUGUACAGGUGAAGACACUUAGCCAGCUUUGAUAGGAGCCAGGCUGUGUCGGUCUCACAUGGUAUGUCGAGCAUUUGGGACUCAGUGUCCUUGAGACGUACAGAUAAAAA